AACCUGUCCGAAGUGUUAGAGUGGAUUCAGGGGGACCACGAACAGUCUGCUAACAUUGAACAUUUUUCAUUCUAGACCUAGUCAUCAUACAUGUACAUAUAAGUUAAGACAAUUUUAUUGUUUCAGUUUGGAAUAGCCUACAUAAUUGUUUAUGGUUAAUACCUGCGUCUUCAUUAGGCUCGACCAUUGGCCUGCAUUGCGCAAUAUUCCACAUGUGUUCAUUGAAACCGAAUAAGACUGAGUAGACCAACUGUAGGCCUAACAAAUGUGCCUUGUGUGCCACCCUCCUCGAAGAUGCAAGCAGAAGGUUAAAUUUAGCUGGCCAGGUUUAAGCAGUGUAAGGCCAGGUUUAAGCAGUGUAAGGCCAGGUUUAAGCAGUGUAAGGCCAGGUUUAAGCAGUGUAAGGCCAGGUUUAAGCAGUGUACCCUGUGCACCCCGCAACCUGUUGGGUUAAAAUGGGGGCCCGUUUAGAAUUUCAGUUAAAAGUUUGGUGGAAGUUUUUGAAUAUUUGAAAUACCUUUAAUUUAGAUUUGUAGGUGUCAUACAUUAUAUUCCACUCGUCAAAUUAAAACGUUUAAUUCUGAGAAUGUUGUAGGGGACGUCAAUAAUUAAACGUUUGUUCUUAUAGGAAACAUGCAUCUUAUUGUGUCAGUUUAGAAAGAACACCAAAUUAUGAUAGUAAUUAUAGUAAAAAAAACAUUAAAUAAAAAUGGUACCAAAAAUAUUUAUACUUUAAGUAGCCUAUAGAUUUAUUAUGAAUUGGAAUAAUCAUGUUACUUUUGUCCUUAUGUAAUCGAUUUUUAUUUUUAAAUACAAUUAAUAUCUUUAAAUACAUUUGAAACGUUUUAUUAUAGGUUAAAUCCCCCCAUAAUAAAUGAAUAUCCCAGAUAUGAUGCGCAAUCACGGCACCACUAGCAUGAGCCUGUAGGAGGGAAGGGGGUUGGGGAGGCUCUGAGCAGAGUGCCCAUUAUAGGCUAAUGGCCAAUAAGUCAUUAUGACAUAAUCAUAUUAUCUCACUAUAAUACAAUAAAUAAAAACCUCUUUAACAAAAUCUUUCUGGAUAUUUUGAGGCAAUUUUGCGCAAUGUAUGACAUGUGUUACUUCCGGUGUCAUUUAGCGCAAGUCCCAGCCUCCCCAGUAGCUGUUGGAAAAAACCACAGAGACGUGAGCAGAUUUUCUCAUCCCGGCAUCGUUGCGCGUUUCUGUCCCGAGAACCGUUAGAAAAAGGCGUAGGCAAUAGAAAAUAGGCAGUUAACAAGCGAAAUGACAGGGCUAACGUCGUUGGAAGCUGUAAAAAGGAAAAUUAAAGCAUUACAAGAGCAGGCUGAUGGUGCAGAAGAGUCGGCAGAGAGGCGGCAGAAGGAACUGGGUCUGGAGAGGGAUGCGAGAGAAUCCGCCGAGGCUGAUGUAGCUUCCCUGAACAGACGUAUCCAACUGGUUGAGGAGGAGUUGGAUCGUGCUCAGGAGCGUCUGGCCACAGCUCUGACCAAGCUGGAGGAGGCUGAGAAAGCUGCUGAUGAGAGUGAGAGAGGCAUGAAGGUGAUUGAAAACAGAGCAUCGAAGGAUGAGGAGAAGAUGGAGCUGCAGGAGAUCCAGCUGAAGGAGGCCAAGCACAUCGCUGAGGAGGCUGACAGGAAAUACGAGGAGGUCGCCCGUAAGCUGGUCAUCAUUGAGAGUGAUCUGGAACGCACAGAGGAGCGCGCUGAGCUCUCUGAAGGCAAAUGCGCUGAGCUUGAGGAAGAGUUGAAGACAGUCACAAACAACCUGAAGUCUCUUGAGGCUCAGGCAGAGAAGUACUCACAGAAGGAGGACAAGUACGAGGAGGAGAUCAAGGUUCUCACAGACAAGCUAAAGGAGGCUGAGACCCGUGCUGAGUUCGCUGAGAGGUCCGUGGCCAAGCUUGAGAAGACCAUUGAUGAUCUGGAGGACCCUCUGUACCGGCAGCUUGAGAAAAACCGGCUUCUAUCCAAUGAACUGAGAGUGGUGUUAAAUCAGGAUUAAACUAUUACUGGAUGUGUUGUGAAAUUAGCACUGUGCUCAAAUUAGAAGAAAAAAAAUGAAAGGGACUUCAUUUGUGGCGCAAAAUUAAAAUACCUUUUAUUGUCUUGGCAUGUCAUUGGCCGUAGACAUUUGUCUGAUGCUGUGAUGGAAAUAUAGGCUAAUGUGUGUCUCUGACACAAACCUAAGAGUCAGGCAAAGACAAAAAAAUAUAUAUUGGAUAAUAUUUAUCGGGAAGAAAUAAUUGGACUGUAGUUAAUGCGGAGCAUCAGAGAAAUUAAAUGCUUGUUCACAUUGCAGGUGAAGAGGGCAGGUUUCACAGACUCACAGAUGGAUUUAAGCACAGGCCGAUUUUAGUUUAGUUAACCAACAUCUGGAAUUGUUAUUUCAGGAGCAGCAAUUCGAUUUAGAUAACAUAAACUGGAUCACUGUCUAGAAAGAUUGUCCAUUGUACAGGAGUAAUUCUGGGCAUCAUCUGGGUCUGUGAAUCUGACCCACAAUGUAUGAUAAGGCUUGAUAUGAGUGUGCAUUAUAACAAUAACUACUGACUGUGGCUGACUAAGGAUAUACACAGGGACCACCUUUUAAUGUUUUAACUAUAACAAUCUUCAUUCAAUAUUAUUGGGUCUGUGAAACUCUUGGUUAAGUCAUUUUCAUUGUGGUCAAAAAUUAUUAAUAGUCUGCAGGCUUCAUUUUUAUGUUGCACACAUUGUGACGAAUUGAACAUGUUUAAUGGUACUGUAUAUUGACAGACAAACUCUAUCAGGCUAAUGAUGAGAACUUUGAUGUGUCAAAUGUUGGAUCAGACACUCAUGGAUCUCAAUAACAUGCAACAACAUGGUCCAUUAUCACACAAGACUGCACCGCUCACCUGCUGUGAUCUGGUCCAGCAUUACACCAUGAUCACACCAACACUCACCUACCGUUGCCAUGGAGGGCUCCUCCGUGCCCUCUUUGUGGAGAUCUCUGGGGCUUGACUGUUUUCUCAGCUCUCAGAGGGGCUGAGAAAACAAACACAAUGGACUUUAACUGGAUGUUAGCUAGAUAGCAAAGCAGACAUAUGGCUGAGCAGUCACUU